CCGACUGACCCGGUCGCUGUGGCAACGCGGCGGGACCGGGCAGCGCUGCUGGCUGGCGUUCGGGUAUUUCUGGAAAACUCAAACUGUUUUUCCUCUGCUCUGAUACCACAAGAACCAUCAGCACAGAGGAAGACUUCUGUGAUCAAAUGUGGCGGGAGAGGGAGGUUUUCACCAGCACAUGAGCAGUCAGUUCUGCCGCAGACUCGGCGGGUGUCCUUCGGUUCAGUUCCAACACCGCCUGCCUGGAGAGAGGUCAGACCACAGGGUGAGGGCUCAGUCCCCAAGACAUAAACACCCAACAGGUCCACCCCGACUGCUGCCCAGGCAGAGCUGAUUCACCAAGACGGGAAUUAGGAUAGAGAAAGAGUGAGUCACACAGAGCCGGCUGCGCGGGAGAACAGAGUUUUAUUAUGACUCAAAUCAGUCUCCCCAAGCAUUCGGGGAUCAGAGUUUUUAAGGAUAACUUAGUGUGUAGGGGGCCAGUGAGUUGGAGAUGAAAGCGCAGGGAGUCGAAGGUGUCCUUUUGCGCCGAGUCAGUUCCUGGGUGGGGGCCACAAGAUCGGAUGAGCCAGUUUAUCAAUCCGGGGGUGCCAGCUGAUCCAUGGAGUGCAGUGUCUGCAAAAUAUCUCAAGCACUGAUUGAUCUUAGGUUUUACAAUAGUGAUGUUACCCCAGGAACAAUUUGGGGAAGGUCAGAAUCUUGUAGCCUGUAGCUGCAUGACUCCUAAACCAUAAUUUCUUUUUUUUAUUUUUUUUUAUUUUUGAGACAGGGUCUCACUCUGUCACCUAGGCUGGAGUGCAGUGGUGCAAUCACGGCUCACUGCAGCCUCAACCUCUUAAGCUCAAGCGAUCCUCCCACCUCAGCCUGCCUGGUAGCUGAGACUACAAGCGACGCCCCAGUUAAUUUUUGUAUUUUUGGUAGAGGCAGUGUUUUGCCGUGUGGCCCAGGCUGGUCUCGAACUCCUGGGCUCAAGUGAUCCAGCCUCAGCCUCCCAAAGUGCUGGGACAACAGGGGCCAGUCACUGCACCUGGCCCUAAACCAUAAUUUCUAAUAUUUUGGCUAAUUUGUUAGUCCUACAAAGGCAGUCUAGUCCCCAGGCAAAAAGGGGGUUUGUUUCAGGAAAGGGCUGUUACUGUCUUUGUUUCAAACUAUAAACUAAGUUCCUCCUAAACUUAGUUCGGCCUACACCCAGGAAUGAACAAGGAGAGCUUGGAGGUUAGAAGCAAGAUGGAAUUGGUUAGGUCAGAUCUCUUUCACUGUCUGAGUUAUGAUUUUGCAAUGGUGGUUCAAAGACUGCCCGCUUCUGACACCAGUCGCGAGUCCUGGCCUCCGGAACUUCUGACUGACCACUGGCUUCAAGUUGGGGUUCCCACAACCCCCUCUUUGGGUUCGAUUGAUUUGCUGGGGUGACUCACAGAACCCAGGGAAACACAUACGUGUAAAAGUUUAUUAUAAAGGGUAUUACAGAGGAUACAGAUGAGGAGAUGCGUAAGGGGAGAUAUGGGGGAAGAGGCUUCCUGGAGGACCCCCCCCCCACACCCCACCCACCACUCCCCAGGAACCUCUCCACACCCUGUCCUCUUGGGUUUUUAGGGAGGCUUCCUGAAGUCAGCAUUCCUUCCCCCAGGGUAGAGGGUGGGAGCUCUGGGGAGGAUCUUAUGACCUACAAUGGAAAGUCAGGUGAGAGUGGAGACCUGGAAGGAUUCUGUUUCCUGAGGCCUGACACGCCCAACAUUGCAACAAAAGACUGUGACGUGUGAGAGUGAUGAGCCAGGAACUGUGCAAGAAAACCAUGAUGUGUCAUUAUACCGCAACAGCGGCCACCAUGCUGCCACUGGGCUCAGAGCCAGCCCUGAAUGAGCUGCUGCUUCGCAAGGAGGAGGAGUGGAGGGCGCUGCAGGCACACCGCACCCAGCUGCAGGAGGCGGCUCUGCAGGACACACGGAGCCAGCUGGAGGAGGCGCAGGGGAAACUGCGGUGCCUGCAGGAGGACUUUGUCUACAACCUUCAGGUGCUGGAGGAGCGGGACCUCGAGCUGGAGCGCUAUGACGCCGCCUUCGCCCAGGCCAGGGAGUGGGAGGAGGCCAGGCGGGCAGAGGUGAGCGAGCUCAAGAUAGAGGCGGCUAAGCUGAGGCAGGCGCUAGCCAGAGAGGCCAGGAAGGUGGAGGAGCUGCAGCAGCAGCAGCAGCUGGCAUGCCAGGAGCAUCGCCUGGAGCUGGAGCGCGUCCACAGUGACAAGAAUGGUGAGAUUGACCACCACCGGGAACAGUAUGAAAAUCUAAAAUGGACACUGGAGAGAAAACUUGAGGAGCUCGACGGUGAGCUUGCUCUGCAGAGACAGGAACUGCUGCUGGAGUUUGAAUCGAAAAUGCGGAAGAGGGAGCACGAAUUCCGUCUGCAGGCUGACAACAUGAGCAACACAGCCUUGUCCCGGGAGCUUAAGGUUAAACUACUGCACAAAGAGCUGGAGGCUCUGAAGGAAGCCGGGGCAAAGGCUGCAGAGAGUCUGCAGAGGGCAGAGGCCACCAACGCUGAGCUGGAGAGGAAGCUCCAGAGCCGAGCCGGGGAGCUCCAGGACCUGGAGGCCAUGAGCCGCGCCCGGGUAAAGGACUUAGAGGAUAAACUUCACUCUGUGCAGCUAACCAGGAAGAAGGAAGAGGAAACAUUUAAGAGGAAGCAUGAGGAGCUCGACCGUCUGGCCAGGGAGAAGGAUGCGGUGCUGGUGGCGGUGAAGGGAGCCCACGUGGAACAGCUGCAGGAGCUGCAGGCCAGGGUUCUGGAGCUGCAGGCCCACUGCGAGACCCUCGAGGCACAGCUCCGCAGGGCAGAGUGGAGACAGGCUGACACCGCCAAGGAGAAGGACGCUGCCAUUGACCAACUUCGUGAAGAUGCAUCAACUGUAAAAUCUGCCUGGGAUGCUCAGAUUGCUCAACUAUCUAAGGAGAUGGUCUCCAGAGACCUUCAGAUUCAGACGCUGCAGGAAGAAGAGGUGAAGCUCAAGGCACAGGUGGCCCGAUCCCAGCAGGACAUUGAAAGGUACAAGCAACAGCUGUCCCUGGCAGUGGAAAGGGAGCGGAGCCUGGAGCGUGAUCAGGUGCAGCUGGGCCUGGACUGGCAGCGCCGCUGUGACGACAUUGAAAGGGACCAGAUCCAAAAGUCAGAGGCCCUGAUUCAGGGUCUGACCACGGCAAAAAGUCAGGUUGCUGCCAAGCUGCAGGAGACAGAGCAGGCGCUACGGGAGCAGGAGGUGGUGCUGAAAGCCGUGACCCUGGAACGAGACCAGGCCGUGCAGGCCCUGAGGAUGCAUGGGAUCCCCGGACCAGGGGCACAGAUGCUUCUCAGGCAGCAUGAAGAAGAAAUAAGUAAAGACUUUCCAUCCAGUGAGAUCCAGCGGCUCCGAGAGCAGAACACAAGCUUGCGAAACGCGAUUGCCCAGAUGAGGAAAGAAAUGGAGGCUCUAAGCCAUCAGAUUCCUCCUCCCGUCCAGACAGCGGCAGAGAGCACAGAUGCAAACCAGCCUGACCCAGAGGCUGGGGGAGAUGCCGCCACUCCUGAUUAUGUUCUGGCCCUUGAAGCAGAAAUACGAACUCUAAAGCAUAAGUUUAAAACUCUGGAAAAGCAUCUAGAAGAUGUGUUGGAUCCUUUAAAGAUGUCCUCACCUCAUGCUGAGUCUCAGCCCAGCGUCCGCACCUCAACAGAGACGACUGGAGGGUCUCCCCAAGCUGGUCAAGCCGGAGGGUCUGUCCAAGCUGGUCAAGCAGGAGGAUCUGUCCAAGCUGGCCCAGUAUCCUCUGGACUGGCACUCAGGAAGCUUGGGGACAGAGUGCAGCUCCUAAACCUGCUGGUGACACGACUCAGACAGAAGGUGCUGCGGGAACCCCUGGAGCCGGCCGCUCUCAAGCGUGAGCUUCCCCGUGAGGUGGACCAGGUACACCUGGAGGUUUUGGAGCUGCGGAAGCAGGUGGCUGAGCUGGGGAAGCAUCUCAGGAUAGCCCCGCACGGGGGAGUGGAGCCUUCAGGCAGGAAGCAGCCCCCAGCCUCGGACGCCGUGGCCCUUGGGAGAGAGGGCCUCGCCAAGAGAGGGCCUAUGGAGGCCGAGGACCAGGGGGAGCUUUUCCUGCACCUCCGGUCAGUGGCACGUGCCCCCCAGACCUUAUCUAUGCACCGACUCCAGAGAAAGCUGAAGGAGGCAGCCAGAAAAAUCAUCAGCCUCCGCCUGGAGAAAGAGCAGCUCAUCGAGAUGGGGAACAGGCUCCGUGCAGAGCUGGGCCGACCCGAAAGGUGGCUGUUGCACCACGCCCUCCCUCCUGCCCCUGAGGCCCGGAAGCCAGGCGAGGAGCCCAGGAGGCCUUUGGAUCGCAGCCCACCUUUGGGACAGGUGCAGCCCCAUUUUACAGCUCAGGACGCCAAGAGUGCCAAGGAUGAGGCUCCUUCCAGACACCUGGGAAAGCACCAGCCCCGCUCAGCACAGGUGGGCAGCAGACUUGACGCCCUGCAAGGCCCGAAGACACAACACAGCAUCCACACGGCGACCUGUAAAUCACCUCGGCAGAAAGAAGACAGGUCCCCAAAGCCACCCCAGGCUCCCGAGCACCCUGAGGAGCAUGGUCGCCAAUCCCACAGCUCCUCCUCCUUUGCCAGUGGCACCCUCCAGGACACGUGGAGGUUGCUAGACCUGGGAUCCAGCCCUUCUGGUGUCACCUCCCGGGGUGACUCAACUCCAGCGCAGCACUGUACACCCGGGCGCAUGCUGACUUAGAAUGGAGCACCGUACACCCGGGCGCAGGCUGACUUAGAAUGCAGCACCGUACACCCGGGCGCACGCUGACUUAGAAUGGAGCCCAGGUGAGACGCGCGGGCAUUGGUGCACUUUAGACGGCCCUGCUCCUGGGGAAGAGCCAGGUCGACCCCAGCGAUGCUCCCGGGGAAGAACCAGGCCGACCCCAGUGAUGCUCAGCCUCACGGGCCAGACAAGUGUCAGCCACAUCCUCAUCCUCGUCCUGCUUUGCUGCGCGGACGUUGCUGCCCUGAGACUCUUCUCUGCACCUAAGUCAUAGGCCUGGUAAACUCAGCAGGUCACAGUGCCAGCUCCUGCUACUGGUCUCAGGAAGUUUUCAGAAAAGUCUGUUUGAAGGGUGCACCUUGUGGGGACUGCAUGGGUCUGUGAUGUAGCGAGAAGGGUGGAGGGAAACAGAUGCUGCUUCGAGGCAGCUGGAGUUGCGGGACGUGUGAUGUGGUUGGGGCGGGAGCGUGCGUCCUUCCUGUGUGCCUGCAUGGAGGGCGUCCCCUUCUUACCUUACAGCUUGUGUCUUCCGUCAUGAGGGUGUGCCUCAUUCAUUUAAUCAUUCUCUCCUUCAUGCGCAUUUUAGGCUAUUUCCAGUCCUUUACCGUCACAGAUACUGUUAGAAUGGUAACCUCACAGGCUGCAGUGUGUGUGUGAAAACACACGUGUACGUGCCCCAGGGGCUUGCGUAGUCAAGGCUGCCCGCGCGCCACGUGUGGUGGACAGCAUCGCCUCAGCCUCCACUGCCCACCCAGAGGCUGCUCCCAGCAGCAGUGUCUGAGAGUCCUGUAGCCACACGGAACUUUUGCCGGUGGCAGCGGGAGUGGCAUCAGCGCCUCUGCUGGGAGGUCGUGCAUCUUCAUGUGUGUUUAGGAGCCACUUCCUUUCCCUGUUCUUCAGUUACCUGCCCAUUUGUAUAUUAGAUUGUGGUCUUUCUUAUUGAUUUGUAGCAGCUCAUUAUAUGUGAUAGAAAUUAGGCCUUUUUGGUGACAACAGUUUAAAUGUUUUCUCCCAGUUCUUCAUGUUUUUAAAUGUUUAUUAUGGUGUUUUUUUAUGUUCAUAUUUUUUAUUUUUAUGUAAUCUAAUGUCCUUGUUUUUUAUCUUGUCUGGUUUUUUUUUUUUUCCUUUGAGAUGGAGUUUUGCUCUUGUUGCUCAGGCUGGAGUGCAAUGGCGCGAGCUCAGCUCACUGCAAGCUCCGCCUCCCGGGUUCAAAUGAUUCUCCUGCCUCAGCCUCCCCAGUAGCUGGAACUACAGGCACCCACCACCACUCCAGGCUAAUUUUGUAUUUUUAGUAGAGACGGGGUUUCACAAUGCUGGCCUGGCUCGUCUCGAACUCCUGACCUCAGUUGAUCCGCCCACCUCGGCCUCCCAGAGUGCUGGGAUUACAGGGGUGAGCCACCGUGCCUGGCCAGAACCACUUCUUAUUAACCCUCAAAGUGGCAAUGGCUCCCAGUUUUCCAUCGCUCACGCUUCCCACGUAUUCGGACUCCCACCUUUGUCAUGGUGCUAAAUGUUCCAUGUGCGUUUGGAGCUAUAUCCGGACGGUUCGUUCGGCCACUCUCAGUCUGUUCACAGGCAGUUCCAUUGGGUCAGAAUCAGUGUCACUUCCUGGUCCUUUUACAUGUCUGGCUGAUAUAGGAUCUCCUCUUUAUCCUUCUCUCUCAGGGUUUUCUUGGUUAUUUGCACGUAUUUGUUUUUUCUUUUUUCUUUCUUUUUAAAUUUAGUAGAGAGUGGACUGGAGGCAGUGGCUCGUGCCUAUAAUCUCAGCACUUUGGGAGGCUAAGGCAGGUGGAUCAGUUGAGGUCAGGAGUUCAAGACGAGCCUGGCCAACAUGGUGAAACCCCAUCUCUACUAAAAAUACAAAAAUUCACUGGGCCUGGUGGCGCAUGCCUGUAAUCCCAGCUACUUGGGAGGCUGAGGCAUGAGAAUCACUUGAACCUGGGAGGUGGAGGUUGCAGGGAGCUGAGAUUGCACCACUGCGCUCCAGUCUGGGUGACGGAAUGAGACUCUGCCUCAAAAAAAAAAAAAAAAUUUAGUAGAGAUGGUGUCUCCCUAUGUUGCCCAGGCUGAUCUCAAAUUCCUGGGCUCAGGCGAUCCUCCCGCUUCAGCCUCCCAAAGUGCUGAGACUGCAGGCGUGAGUCACCAUGCCUGGCCUUUUUUGUAUAUAAUUUUUAGACUUGGCUUGUCUGAGUCUGGUUCCCCCAGCCCCUCCCCACAAACACUAUUGUAAGUGUUCUUAGGAUUGACGCAGCUUCCCUUCUGCCUUAGGAAGGAAUGGGGUUGUGUGGCUUCCGUUCCCCGUGUGCUCCAGUGCUGGCAUCACGAAUGUGGCGCGUUUCUCUCUGUCUUCCACGCAGCCGCGUCCCACUCCGUCUUCCUGACCCUCCCACCUGCACUCCGUGGCUCUCCUCUGUGCUCAGGAUUCUUAGGGGCACCGCCUCCUUGCGUUUUUAAUUCACCACAAAACAUUUUGUCCAAAUUUUCAUCAACUCAAUGGAAAGUUCUUCUGGAGACGUUCGUGCUCAUUCGUUUGCUUGUUUCCUUUCUCCUUUUCUCUUGGAGCACUUUUGUUUCUUGGCUCCCCCUCAUUUUUUUUUUCUUUUUCUCUUUUUAGAGACAGUGUCCCGUUCUGUCACCGAGGCUGGAGUGCAGUGCGGCAAUCUCAGCUCACUGCAGCCUUGACCUCUUGAGCUCAAGUGAUUCUCCCACCUCAGCCUCCCAAGUAGCUGGGACCACAGGGACACGCCACCAUGCUCAGCUAAGAUUGUUUUAGUUUUUUGUAGGGACAAGGUGUCGCUCUGUUGCCCAGGCUGGUCUCGAACUCCUGGGCUCAAGUGAUCCUCCCACCUUACGCUCUCAAAGUGCUGGGAUUACGGGCAUGAGCCACCGUGCCUGGCCUCAUCUUUAGAACAGAUGAAUUUUUACUUGACUAGCUAUUUGAAAAAGUUUGUAUGGAAAAUGAAGCCAGAACCAUCUUCCAGCCCAGCAGAGUCAUGUUGUUGAUUUUAGCUUUAAAUACAAGUCUCCACCUAUCAGGCUUUUAACAGCUGAUACAGCUUCUCUCUUCCCUUUCCCCACAGAUACUGCACUUUGCAGAUAGGGCCUGUUCUGUUCCUGGUUCACUCUCCCUCCUCUCUUCCAGGAACGGAACAAGGUCAGGGAAGCACUUGCUGCCAGCCCAUGUUCCUACUCCUGAAACAAGGAAUUAGGUCCUACCCUCAGGGCGUGCCCUUGCCUUUGAGAAAUGCCCUCUGCUCUUUCUGGGGUCUGUCACGAGGCAUCUGUAUGUCUUUGACACAGCCCUUGCCGAGUUCCUGCAGCCUUUGGUAGCCCCCACCACCACCACCAAUUCUAGCUCUUAGUUUUAAUGAAAAUGAAGUUUGCAUUUUUGCUUUUCAUUAUCUUUUUUUUUUUUUUUUUUUGCUUUUGGAUGAUUUACAAGGAUAGUGGAGGAGUGCUAGCUUCUUGAUGCCUUCUUCAAGUCUGAAAUCUGUCUUGUUUUCUGAUCAAUGCAGCCAAAGAAAUGCAUAUUCCUCCAAGCAUUGCUUUGCUUUAACCAUGUCUCAUAAAUCUCAACAUCCUCAUGUUUCCCUUGUCUUUCCCUUGCAGGACUUAUAACUCAACUCAUUUUGCUUUAACUUAAAUGGAAUUUUUCCUUAAGUUUCUAGAUUUGUGGAAUUUUAUUUUUUUGUCUGUUACUGAUUUCUAAUAUUUUUACAUUCUGGUCAGAGAAUUAAAUUACUAUGAUGUUAACUCUUCUGAGAGGGAAAUAGUUCUUAAACUACAAUUAUCAAUCUAUCUGUUUUUGUCAAUUGUUGCUUUAUGUGUUUUGAGGUCCACUGUUAGGCGCAUACAUGUUUAGGUUUUUUGCCUUCUUGAUCUUUUCCUCCCUUUACCAGUAUGUAACAUCCCUCAUAACCCCUCAUGUUGUAUUUCACCAAAAAACCUAUUUUGUCUCACAUGAAAAUUGCUAUAGGCCGGGUGGUGGCUCACUCCUGUAAUUGCAGCAUUUGGGGAGGCUAAAGUGGGAGGAUCGCUUGAACUCAGAGGUUCCACACCAGCCUGGACAAUGUAGUGAGACAUCAUCUCAAAAAAAAAAAAAAAAAAAAAAGGGUCGGGCACACUGGUUCAUGCCUGUAAUCCCAGCACUUUGGGAGACAGAGGCAGGAGGAUCACUUGAGCCCAGGAGUUCUAGGCCGCAGUGAGCUGUGAUUACACACUGCACUCCAGCCUGGGUGAGAGAGCAAGACCCUGUCUCUACCAAAAAAAAAAAAAAAAAAAAGUUAUUAGGAGGGAAGGAGUGGUUAAACUGUGCAGUGGAACGCUACAGGUAGGUCCAGGUAGGUCCAGUUAGGUCAGGACAGAGAAGCAGCCCCUGCUUUUUUGCAAGUUGAGGGUCACUGGUGGUCUUAAGUGUGGUCUCAGCGGGGUAGUAGAGUUUUCAUUCAAUCCUUCCUGGCUUGGGGAGAGGAUGGGAGGUGGGAUGGACAACAUAUCCAAGAAACUUUGCUCUGAAAAUCAGCAGUGAAAAGAGGCCAUAUUUAUGAAGAUGUGGAGUCAAGAGGGGAGGCUCACAAGCUGUCAUGUAAAGCCUGCCGGUAGGCAGUGGGAAAUGGGAUGACUCGGGAGAGAAGUCCUGGAGGAGGCAGGGGAAGGGGCUCGGUGCCCGUGUGCAGGGCUGGCCUUUAAUAGGACAGAGGCAGAGGUGGGCACCGAAGCCAGAAGGUUGAUUGCAGCCAGUGCUGUGCACUUGCCCAGCCUGCAAGCUGACAAGCAAGCCUGGCGGGAGACAGGAGGCUCCUGGGUCAGAGACCAAGGGCUCUGUCCACAUAGCAGACAGCUGGGCAGGCAGUGGCUGCAGGUGCAGUGGGUGUGCAUCUCAGCUGAGGAACCCAGGCCUGGGGACCGAGUCCUAGAGCAACCACAAGCACCUGCCCUCCGAGUCCUAGAGCGCCACAAGCACCUGCCCUGGGCCUGAGGCAGAUGCUUGCUCCGACUUCUGAGCUGCUUGCUGGACAGACGCCCUUGCAAAGGGUCUGCAGCAGUGGCCAGGGCAGCCUCCACCAUGCGGGAGUGCACAGGCCCCAGGGAGGCUGUCUGUGGUCCCAGCAGCUGGCCUGGUGGUGGGAAACGGUUCUGGCAGAUUCCUUUCAUUUCCUGUUACGUGCUCAGCAUCCAGGCUGAGAGCCCGAGGCCGGCCACAGGCUCUGAAGGAGGAAGGAGCGGUGUAGGAGGCUUGAGAAAGCGGGUUGUAAAGUGGUGGGUUGGCGCCUCAGGAAGCAGAUCCGGCAGAGUGUGAAGAGGGCCACCAAGCUCUCUGUGAGACCAGGGAGCUGGUGACCACAGGAGUCACCUGGGGCCGAGGCCGUGCUGCAGGAAGGAGCGUUCCUGACACAGCGGCACACGUCCACCGAGGCUGAGAGUGUGGGUGGCCUGGGAGGGAAGGCGGGCUGGUGUGGAUCAGUCAAGAUGCUUUUAGCUACAAGUCACAGGACAGGAUAUGAAAGUGACGUGAACCAGAGCUUCGCGGCCUUUAGCUCCUCGUGGUAACUGUGGAAAAUGACACGCUUCGCUAAAAUAAGGAGAGAACUGAGGGGUCCGUAUCCUGAGUGCCCAAAAUGGUCUCAGCAGGCGGCAUGCACGGCCCCAUGGCAGGACGCACUGACUGAGGCCCAGGAGCUCAUCGGAGCCCUCAGUCCCAGGUCAACGGGCCUCAGGUGGCCCCUCUGGGAUUCUCUUUUCUCCUAAUGGCUCCGCAAUGGCUGCAGACACUCCCACCAUCCCCUGAGAAGGCCAAAAGGUGAAGGGCCUCUCUCUCCUGAUUCUUUUUCUUUUAAUCAGGGAGGGAGAAGCUGCCCAGAGCCCUCAGCAGACCUGCUGUCCAUCUCCUGGCUGUGGGGGUCAUGUUGCCUCCCUAUGACCCGGCUUUAGGAGCCUGUCUUAACAGAGUCUUAGACCCUGAGCCCUGUGAGUGAGGUCAUGUCCUCGAGAGCCUGCUGCCUGCAGCUCAGUAGCACUGGGGCCUCUUGGCAGGAAAGCUGGGGAAGCACUGGGGGCCUCAGCAGGUGGAGGAGGUGGCCAGAUGCAGGCCCUGCCAUGCCCCUGCCUCCCUAGGCUGAGACAGGGUGGCUGGUAUUUAUUUUUUCUUUAUUAUUUAUUUUAGAAACACGGUCUCACUAUGUUGCACAGACUGGGCUAGAACUCCUGGCCUCAAGCAAUCCUCCUGUCCCAGCCUCCUGAGUAGCUGGGAUUGCAGGCGGGAGCCACCAUGCCUGGCAACGGCUGGUAUUUCUUAGCAUCGGUGUUGCAAUUAAAAAGCAAGCAAGAGGCCGGGCGCGGUGGCUCAUGCCUGUAAUCCCAGCACUUUGGGAGGCCGAGGUGGGUGGAUCACUAGGUCAGGAGAUCGAGAACAUCCUGGCUAACACGGUGAAACCCUGUCUCUACUAAAAAUACAAAAAAUUAGCCGGGCGUGGUGGCGGACGCCUGUAGCCCCAGCUACUCGGGAGGCUGAGGCAGGAGAAUGCUGUGAACCCGAGAGGCAGAGCUUGCAGUGAGCUGGCAUUGCACCACUGCACUCCAGCCUGGGCGACAGAGUGAGACUCCAUCUCAAAAAAAAAAGCAAGCAAGAAAGAUACAUUUCAGCAUAAGUCCAUGGGGCUUUUGAUUCACCCUGUGAAGGAUUUAGGAAAAGACUAAAGUGGUUCAUGCAGUUGAGUUGUUUAAUGAUCUGCGAAGUAUCUUGAUGCUUUCCUUGUGUUUUGAAUAUUUGAGCAUGCUUAACUGAAUUAUCUGUGUGAUAUUUUUACUUCAUGUAAGAAUACUUUCCUUAAAACCUUGGAAACUGCGUUGGUGAAGUAAGGGGUGCCACUUAAGGGCACCGGGUUUCUGGUUAAGAUGCGACACUGCGCCCUCCAGUGCGCCGACACUGGGACAGAGCGCAGCUCGGCAGUCGCUCGCCAGACAAACAGUCUGAAAGCUCCAUUCUAGAAACGGAGAGGAAGUUUCCUCCUCUUUUUUAAACAUGUUCCAUGCAUUGUGGGUAACAGAGUAUGCACACUACACAGUCAUGAUUGGAGUUUAAAGUAAUAAUGUUGCCAGGCACAGUGACUCAGCCUGUAAACCCAGCACUUUGGGAGGCUGAGGUGGGCGGAUCACUUGAGCCCAGGAGUUCAAGACCAGCCUGGGCAACAUCUCUGCAAAAAAAAAUAAUAAUAAUAAUAAUAAUGAAAUGAUACUGAAAUAGUUAACAAUUUAGUGGCAUCUAAAUUAAUGACAUGAACAACUAUUGUAGGAUAUGGUGUUUAGUCACGACGUCACACAGCUGUGUUGAACAGCCAUACUCCUCUUGGACCUGGGAUAGGCCCCGAGCCACCCUCCUGCUCAUGUCCUCAGCCCUGCUUUGCCAACCUAUCCAGACCCAGCAGUCACCCCGUCCCAGGGCACGGCCAACCUCUGAGGCUGGAACAGCUGGCUGGAGUUGGGGCUCCCCCAUACACCCUGGAUGCGGCUCUUUGGAGGAUCCACCUCCAAGCCUAGCCUCCUCUCUCACCUGCAUUUUUAUGACAGCCUCAGAUAGAUAGGUCUCCCACACAGACUGGUGGGGCCCAGCACGUCCAAGCUCAUCUCCCUCCCUUCUUCCCCCAGCUACCUGCACUCCAGCUCCAGCCUGUCUGCACCUAUGGGUGCCCCCCAACCCCUGUGCACCUGUGGGUACCCCACCUGCAGACCUUGCAGCACCUGCAGGCACCCUCCUUGUUUGCCCAGCACCUGCCUCCUCCAAAGGCUGCACAAGAGAUCUGUCCCCCAUCCAGCUUCCUUCCUUCCUGCACCAGCCCCAGGCCAUGCCAUUUUUCUUCCUAAACUUGAUUCCAUCGGUCUGCUUCAGAAUGUCUCUGAGGGCAGGGGCAUGGUCUGCAGGUGGGGUACCCGUAGGUGCACAGGGGUGGGGGGGCACCCACAGGUGCAGGGGCAUGAUCCUUGAUUCCUGUCUGCUCCACAUACAGGGAGAUAACUGGGAGGGAUGGGAGCAUGGGAGGCCCCGAGUCUACAAAACCCAGGAGUCUCAGAAGAUGUUAGUCUCAGAUAAUGCUAGAGAAACUACCAAGCAUUAUCCAAAAAAAUGUUUGAGGCUUAAAAAAAUGACACUUCCUGGAUGGAAGCAUUAAAUAUACAAAGGCAGCAGUUUUCUCCAAAGUAAAGUAAUCUGUAGUGUCAUUCUAAUCAAAAUACGACAUAAUUUCUCACCACCCCCAC